AUGUAUAGAUGUUAUAAUAAGGAUCAAAUUGAGGUUUGUCAUUCGACUCAUGCAAAUGGUCUUCACUUUGGAGCACGCACGUGCGCUGCCUGUGCAGCUUUCUUCCGGCGAACAAUUAGCGAUGGCAAGAAAUAUGUGUGUAAAAGAAGUCAACGUUGUAACAAUCCAAGCAGAGACGCUACUGGAUAUCGCAAAAUUUGUCGAAGUUGUCGACUGAAGCGAUGCAUGGAUAUUGGGAUGCUCCCAGACAAUGUUCAACAUAAAAGAUCAAUGCGUGAAAGCACAUCGCAACCGAUCAAAAAGUCAUUUGGUGUCAUCUUCCAGCCGGUUUACGAUCACAUACAUGCAAACGAUGGAGCAACUAUUGCAUCCUCUCUUAGAUCUUCUCUGCUGCCUACAGCUGUAGUAGACGACAACGGUUCAUUAACACGAUAA